AAAUGGCUGUAAAAAAUUCUGGAUAGAGUCCCAGAGAGGGCAAGCGACCAGCUGCAAGCGGCAGAGAUAGGUAGGGUGAUAGGACCCAGUUGCCUGCUACGUCCACAGCUACGUCAUCCGGGCUCCGCCCCCGGGUAGGCGUCUGAGCCGAACAGCCACAGGUUUCAAACCCGCCCCGCGCCCCCUGGUGCGCACACUCAGUCCGACCCUGCUUGCGCACCGCCCACCUGCGCCCUGCUGCCCCAGCGGGUGUGUUGGCGUGGGAAACUGAGGCAGGGAGUGUUUGAGUCCGUUCCUCCCUCAGUUCACACCCUAUGGCCCACAAAGCUGUUUCCCCCUCCUCAGGCCCGCUUGGAAGAGCAGGAAAAGACGGGAGGAAGGGGAGGGGGUCGAAAGCUAUCAGGGUCGGAGGACUCGGCCGGUCCGCCACACUCAAGAUGGCGGCCGGCAGCGGCGAGGUCCCUCAGAGGCGGUACCAGCGCAUGCGUAGUGCGGAGUCCCGGCCCGGGACACAAGAUGGCGGGAGCGGCGCUGGGGAGGGCGAGGCGGAGGCGGCAAAACGGGCGGCCGAGCAGAACGUGUAGCCGCAUCCCCUCGAGUCCGCUUCGGGCAGUUGCUGAUGCAAGGAGUUCCCUGGGUCCCCGUUCACUCCACUGCUGACCAGCCCACCCACCUGUGCUGAGCCUUUCUGCAGGCCUCUCUCCUGCCUCUGCGGGACCCUGUGGUGUUGGGUCCAUCUGGCCGGAGAAGAAAACCCUCUCAUGCUAGCGUUGCAGACCCCAGAGGGUGAGAAAAAGGGGGACCUCGUUCAGCCUUGCGACCUGUGGGCUCAGCCCCAAGGCACCAGGAACCCCUGUUCCUCAGAGAAUCAAGGCAACUACGGCUUUUUCUCCCCUUGGUCCGGUGUGGGUGCUGAGAUGGCCAAAGAGAAUCACGGCAGCCCCCGGGAGGAAGCGUCCUUGCUGAGUCACUCCCCGGGCACCUCCAAUCAGAGCCAGCCCUGUUCUCCAAAGCCCAUCCGCCUGGUGCAGGACCUCCCAGAGGAGCUGGUGCAUGCAGGCUGGGAGAAGUGCUGGAGCAGGAGGGAGAACCGCCCCUACUACUUCAACAGAUUCACCAACCAGUCCCUGUGGGAGAUGCCCGUGCUGGGCCAGCAUGACGUGAUUUCAGACCCUUUGGGGCUGAAUGCGACCCCAUUGCCCCAAGACUCAAGCUUGGUGGAAACCCCCCCGGCUGAGAACAAGCCUCGGAAGCGGCAGCUCUCCGAAGAGCAGCCAAGCGGCAAUGGUGUGAAGAAGCCCAAGAUUGAAAUCCCUGUGACGCCCACGGGUCCAUCAGUGCCCAGCUCCCCUAACGUCCCAGGAACCCCAACACUGAAGAUUUGGGGGGCGUCCCCUGAAGAUAAACAGCAAGCAGCUCUCCUCCGACCCACUGAGGUGUACUGGGAUCUGGACAUCCAGACCAACGCUGUCAUCAAGCACCGGGGGCCUUCAGAGGUGCUGCCCCCGCAUCCUGAGGUGGAGCUGCUCCGCUCCCAGCUCAUCCUGAAGCUGCGGCAGCACUACAGGGAGCUGUGCCAGCAGCGAGAGGGCAUUGAGCCCCCUCGGGAAUCUUUCAACCGCUGGAUGCUGGAACGCAAGGUCGUGGACAAAGGCUCUGACCCCCUGUUGCCAAGCAACUGUGAACCGGUUGUGUCACCCUCCAUGUUUCGUGAAAUCAUGAAUGACAUUCCUAUCAGGUUGUCCCGAAUCAAGUUUCGGGAAGAAGCCAAGCGCCUGCUUUUUAAAUACGCGGAGGCUGCCAGGCGGCUCAUUGAGUCCAGGAGUGCAUCCCCCGACAGCAGGAAGGUGGUCAAGUGGAACGUGGAGGACACCUUCAGCUGGCUGCGGAAGGACCACUCAGCCUCCAAGGAGGACUACAUGGAUCGCCUGGAGCAUCUGCGAAAACAGUGUGGCCCCCACGUCUCGGCCGCCGCCAAGGACUCCGUGGAGGGCAUCUGCAGCAAGAUCUACCACAUCUCCCUGGAGUACGUCAAACGGAUCCGCGAGAAGCACCUUGCCAUCCUCAAGGAGAACAACAUCCCAGAGGAGGUGGAGGCCCCAGAGGUGGAGCCCCGCCUGGUGUACUGCUACCCAGUACGGCUGGCUGUGUCUGCGCCCCCCAUGCCCAGCGUGGAGAUGCACAUGGAGAAUAACGUGGUCUGCAUCCGGUAUAAGGGAGAGAUGGUCAAGGUCAGCCGCAACUACUUCAGUAAGCUGUGGCUCCUGUACCGCUACAGCUGCAUUGACGACCCUGCCUUCGAGCGGUUCCUGCCCCGAGUCUGGUGUCUGCUCCGCCGGUACCAGAUGAUGUUUGGCGUGGGCCUCUAUGAGGGGACGGGCCUGCAGGGAUCGCUGCCAGUGCACGUCUUCGAGGUCCUCCACCGACUCUUCGGUGUCACGUUUGAGUGCUUCGCCUCGCCCCUCAACUGCUACUUCCGCCAGUACUGCUCUGCCUUCCCCGACACAGAUGGCUACUUUGGCUCCCGCGGGCCCUGCCUGGACUUCUCCCCACUGAGUGGUUCCUUUGAGGCCAACCCUCCCUUCUGCGAGGAGCUCAUGGAUGCCAUGGUCUCUCACUUUGAGAAGCUGCUCGAGAGCUCUCCAGAACCCCUGUCCUUCACCGUGUUCAUCCCCGAGUGGCGGGAACCCCCAACCCCGGCGCUCACCCGCAUGGAGCAGAGCCGCUUCAAACGCCACCAGCUGGUCCUGCCCGCCUUUGAGCAUGAGUACCGCAGUGGGUCCCAGCACAUCUGCAAGAAGGAGGAAAUGCACUACAAGGCCGUCCACAACACAGCCGUCCUCUUCCUGCAGAACGACCCCGGCUUUGCCAAGUGGGGGCCGACAGCUGAGCGGCUGCAGGAGCUGAUCGCCGCCUAUCGGCAGUCUGGCCGCAGCCACGGCUCCAGCUCUUCCUCCUCCUCCUCCUCCUCCUCCUCCUCCGAGGCCAAGGACCGGGACUUGGGCCGAGAGCAGGGCCCCAGCCGAGAGCCUCACCCCACUUAACACAUCCUGCGGGGAGGAGGAGCCCAAGGUGCUGGGACGGCCUGCUGGGGCUCAGGCUCUCGGGCUGCCAACGACAUAGGAAGGUUACGCUCUGCCAAGGCUCCCCCUCCCUGCCCCACCUCCAGCUUCCCACCCCAGACUCCACACCCCUGUAAAUAGGCCCCACACCUUCUCUCCCUGCCCCUAUCUGUGUCACCUUGUUUCAUUUGUAAAAGGAAAUACAGAAACCCUCUCCCAAGAA